AUGCCCUCUCAGCACGCUCCCGAGCGGUCCCAGAUUCAGACUCUGAGGGCCAAGAUCGACACGGGGCGCAUGACGGCUUCGGGUGGCCGCGUCGGCAGGGAGCUCACGGAGGAGGAGCUGGAAGCAUGCCGCCAGAAGCUGGUCGACCUGGAGGAGAAGCGGGAGCAGGGCAUCCGAGACCGCAAGGUGGCCAAGGAGACUCUCGACAACACCGAGCAGCUCAAGGAGGGCCAGGCGGAAAUCCUCAAGGUGAUGAAAGCCAGGGAAGCGGCCAAACGCGAGAGGGAGGAGGAGAAGCUGCGCCAGCAGUUGCAGCUGGGCAUUCCGCUGGGGCAGGGCGAUGUCUACCAGGGCACGGUCCUCUUCAAGGCCGACGCGCUGGACCGCCUGGAGGAGUUUCGCGAGAGGGACCUGGAGGCCUAUGUGGUCGUGCUUGGCUUCAAGGCCCGGUUGGUGAUGGUCACCCGGCAGCACGCUGUGGUGCAGCUGAUGCCGCCGUUGGACCUCUCGAACCUGAAAGCCCAUAGCAACGCCAUCGCAUCCAACGGCGUGAGGCUGCAGGGCUUCCACGGCGGCGUGGUCCACGACCGCCUGGUGUGGAAGGCGGCGGCGCUUCUGGGCGAAGAUGGCAAAAGGCUGCCCAAGCAGGCGAUCCUGCGCUUCCUCAUCCCGAACCCGACCCGCUUGGUGGAGAAGCUACCCGUUGCCGAGAUUCGACCUGCGAAGCGCCGUGCGGUGGCGCUCGAGACCAUGGAGGCUGAGGCGCCUUUCACGCCACUCCAAAGUCUUGCGGAGGCCCACUGGGAGACCGAGAAGGAGCGCGUCGAGCCCACCGAGCCGGAGCCGAUCAAGGAGUCGGAGCCGACCGAGGAGCCGACCAAGGCGACCAAGGUGCCGGAGCCCAUCGAGGAGCAGCCGACCAAGGAGCCGACCAAGGCACCCGAGCCGGGGUCGACCAAGGAGCCAGAGCCCUCCGAGCCCAAGGAGCUUUGGGAGAUGACGGUGCAUGGCAGGGUCGUGCGCUUCAGCAUUGAGCAGAACGUCGGCUUUAGCCCGCUGGGGCCGGUCCGGGAGGUGAAGAUGGAGCCGGGCGACGCCGACUUCCUGGCCCCGAUCCGCUGCCACCCCAAGGGCAUCGUGUUCAAUAAGGAGGGCCUCUACCACAUCGCUCCGGACUAUUGGAGCAAGAAUGUCACCCAGGUCGCGAAGGAGCUCGAGCCAACUGCGGAGGAGCCUAUGCCCACCGAGGUCUGGCUGAUGAGCUCCCAGUGCGGCGUGCUGGCGGAGGUCACGGACGUGAUGCUGCAGCAGGCCGAGCGGGCGUCUCCGCGCGCACCUCGCCGCAGGGCUCGGAUGUUCAUCGUGAACUGCCGGGGGCAGAUGAUCGACUGCUACGAGCCGCCCGUCAAGGAGGAGCGGGCCCUGGCGCUGUGCGUCUACCGCGACCACGCCUACUUCUACAAGAGCGCGCGGGCCGUGGCCUGGUGCGACGGCGAGCCGCGGGACACUGCCGAGAUCGGCGCCCUCGAGCCCGGGCACUACUGGGCCAGGAACCUGCGCGCCGUGCGCUCCCGCCUGCUCGCGGAGGGCCACCAGCCCAAGGUCGUCAUGCGCGGGCUCGUAGAGUGGCGCUACCUGCGGCUGCGCGUGCGCGGGGGGGACUGCGUCGUCCACGAGUAUCCCGAGGACGCGGGGGCGCUGGAGGCGUGGAUGGCCAAGCUGGGCUUCGCCUACCGCGGGCAGCGGCUCGCCGGCGCGGCCAGCGAGGUCUUCGGAGCGCUGCUGAAGGCGCGGAGGGACCGCGGCGACGUGCAGCGGCUGCUGCAGGAGCAGCGGGGAGCCUGCGCGCUCUGCGCUGCCCCCAUCGACGCGGGCAGCUGCGAGGCGGACCACGUGGUGCCGGUGCACCAGUCCUUCUUCGGGCAGCGGCAGCGCCUGCAGGCCCUGUGCCUCGAGUGCCACCGCGCCAAGACGUUCCUGGAGUGCUCCCACGCCACGAGCCUGGAGAGCCGGUUCUGCCGCCACGUCUUCGAGAGCUACGCCUGCUCCCCCCGGCUGCCCCCGCUCGUGUGCGGGCUGGCGAAGUGCAACCCCGAGAAGGUGUGCCAGGGCGUGGACGUGGUGCGCUGCCGCAAGAACGCCCUAGCCAACGCCCCCUUCCCGCUGCCCGUCUUCUGCCCCCUGGACAGCAUCCGGCCGGCGGAGGAGGGGCAGCUGGCGGACCUCACCUUCGUGCGGAAGCGGGAGGACAAGCGCGCGGGUUUGUUGGCGCGGCUGCCCUACGUCGGCCCGGGCUGGUACGGGAAGCCCGCAGUGGCCUACAUGCUCGACGCGGGCCUUCCGACAUGGGCGGACUGCGAGUUGUCCCUGCAGGCGACGGCCCACGUGGCGCCCGACUGCCUGGCGCGGGCGCUGGAGGUCAUGGAGGGCGCCUGGCCCGAGGGCGAGGAGCACUUCGCGAAGCUGAGCGUGAACGCGCUCAUCGGGCUGUGGGCGCGCUCCAAGGACGUCUUCUACUCCAUGCGGACGAGCAGCCACGAGGCGGACGGCUGGGGCUCCCAGUUCCUGCAGGUCUUCUUCGACGCCGCGGGCGCCUGCCACUACGACCACGUCUACGCCACGGAGCUCUUCACGAACCGCUCCAUGCGCCCGGCGCACGACUUCGUGAUGGGCUGCGAGUACGUGGCGAUGGCGAGGAUCCACCGCGCGCUGCGGGAGGUGCCGCCCCGCUACCUCGUGGCGCUGAAGACGGACUGCCUCGUGUGCCAGCACCUGCCGAGGAAGUUCCUGCCCGCCGUGGAGGCGCUCACGCGGCGCCGGCACCGGGACGGCACGCCGAAGUACCGCUUCGAGGAGGUGAAGCGGCUGGAGGGCGACUACCGAGAGCCGCGGCUGGAGACGGAUCCGCCGCCGCCGCAGGGGCCCUGGAGGCACGUGGAGGACCCCGUGGCACACUGCCUCAACGGGGGCAGCCUGCUGCUCUCGGGCAUGCCGGGCACGGGGAAGACGCACCUGGCGCGGCGGAUCGUGACGCAGCUCUCGGCGCAGGGCGAGGAGGUGACGCUGAUCUCGAAGACGCACUGCAGCGUGCAGAACCUGGGCCUGGGCGCGCAGACGGCGGACCUCUGGGUACGGCGCACCAUCCGCGCGGGCCGCUGCGCGCUGGACUGGCUCGUGGUGGAGGAGGUCACGCAGCUCGACGUGGGGCUGUGGGCCGACAUCGCGGAGCUCUCCACGAACCGCCGGGUGCGCUUCCUGCUGCUGGGCGACUUCCGGCAGCUGCCCGCCGUGCAGGACGCCUUCGGGGGCGCGCCGGUGCUGCGCUCGCUGAAGGACUCGCAGCUGCUGCACGACCUGGCGGGCGGCUGCGUGCAUGAGCUCACGGAGAACCAGCGCAGCGACGAGACGAUCUUCCGCUUCCUGCAGUGGCUGCGGGUGGACGAGCCGGAGCAGCCGCCGCUGCGGGAGGCCGUGCAGGCGGCGCGGGAGCUGUUCCCGCGGCGGGGCCACCCCGACACCUGCCUGGUCAUCUCCCACGCCCACAGGAUGGCCAUCAACGAGCGAGAGAACCGGCGGCUCGCGCCGGAGGGUGCGCUGCUGCUGGAGCACCGGGCGCAGGGGCAGGCGGGCACCAACCAGCCGCAGACGAUGCGCGUGUGGCCCGGGCUGAGGCUCGUGGGCGCGGGCGGCAGGGUGGCCAAGGGCUGCUUCGCGACGGUGAGCGAGGUGGGGGAGCGGAUCUCGCUGGACGACGGGCAGAGCUUCGCGCCCGCGGAGCUGCUGCGGCACACGCGGCUUUGCCACGCGGUCACGUACGCCUCCUGCCAGGGCCUCACGCUGCGGGGGAGGGUGUGGCUCUGCGACGCCGAGAACCCGCACUUCUCGGUGAAGCACCUGUACGUGGGCGCGUCGCGGGCCACGAGCGCGGAGCUCCUGAGCGUGAUUUGA